AUGUACGAACUACCUAGCCUGGUGAAAACGGCGUACUACGCUUGUACGAAGAUCAACCGCAAGAGGUACGACGAGCUGAGAACGCCGGACGUCGACCUGCAAGCUUGUUGCAAGUUGCUGUUUGAAAUUUUAAAAGUCGACAAAAACCGAAUGCGGGGCAACGGUAGGCAGACCAUGUUCAGCAGAUCGAAAUUCCCCAAAAAUAAGCGGAGGUUCAUAUACAUAUGCGAAAAAGCGGCGUUGCACGGGCACAUCGAAUGCAUGAAACUUGCUCACCGGGUCGGCGUCCCUUGGGACUAUAUGCCAGGACCGAACCGUACGGCGUGCGACAUAGCUGCGCGUUUGGGCAAUCUUGAGUGUCUGCGGUACGCUUCGGAGAACGGGUGCCCGUUGGACGCAUUUACGUGCAGAGUAGCCGCGGCAGGUGGACAUUUGGACUGCCUAGUUUACGCCCGGGAGAACGGCUGCCCGUGGGACAAGGAGACGUGCGAGUUGGCAGCGUUGAAUGGUCACCUAGGGUGUUUAGUUUACGCACGACAAAACGGCUGCCCGUGGGACAAGAAGACGUGCGAGUGUGCAGCGUUGAAUGGUCACCUAGAGUGUUUAGUUUACGCACGACAGAACGGCUGCCCUUGGGACGCUGAAACGUGCAGCAGCGCCGCGUCCAAAGGUCAUCUGGAGUGUCUGGUCUACGCACGGCAAAACGGUUGCCCUUGGGACAGUGGAACGUGCAGCAGCGCCGCGUCUGGUGGUUUCCUGGAGUGUCUGGUUUAUGCAAGGGGAAACGGUUGUCCCUGGGACAGGAGAACGUGCUUCAGCGCCGCGUCCGGUGGUUUCCUGGAGUGUCUGGUUUAUGCAAAGGAAAACGGCUGUCCCUGGGACGGCAGAACGUGCAGCAGCGCCGCGUCCGGUGGUUUCCUGGAGUGUCUGGUUUAUGCAAGGGAAAACGGCUGUCCCUGGGACGAGGACACAUGCAACGAAGCUGCGCGGAACGGUCACCUUCAGUGUUUGGUGUACGCCAGGGAAAAUGGUUGCCCAUGGGAUUUCAAUACGAAGAGAUGGGCCUUGUUGAACGGUCACCUUCAGUGUUUGGUCUACGCACACGAACGUGGAUGUCCCUGGGGCCCCGAUAAUUGUCGCAACGCCGUGAUCAAAGGUCACCUUCAGUGUCUGGUCUACGCACGGGAAAACGGGUGCCCCGGGAUCGAGGACUUUGCUGACGAUGAAUGA